AUGCAAAACGUUAAAGACGCUGCUCAUGCUAUUGCAGACAAAGUCAAAGAAGUAACAAGUGGUACUUCACAUGAAACAAAUAAGGAAGCAGCUAAAACUAAUAUCCCGUUAACAGGUAGGCGCAUUGAUCGUGGCAUCGAUAUUGUUACGGAUAAAGCUAUGAUGUCUUUGCUUGAAGAGAAAAAUAAUGAAACGAAGAAAGAAACUGAUGAAGAACGUGGUGUAAUUGAUCACAUUGGUGAUACUAUAUCCAAUGCAUAUCAUUAUGUUGCUGAGAAAGUUCAUGAGGCGGCAAGUGUUGUAUCAUUUGAAACUAAUAAAGAAAAAGCCAAAGAUUCGGAUAAUACAGUUGGUGAACGUGUUGGAGCUGGUUGUUCAGCUGUUGCUAAUAAGACUGAAGAAAAAGUUCAUCAAGCAAAAGCUGAAGGACAUAAAGGAGCAAUUUAG